AAGCCGAGCGGUGGUGGCGGCGGCGGCGGGCAGCGGCUGCCCCCCACCCCGCCACCAUGAGCACCUUCGCCUUGGAGGAGACCCUGGAGGCGGACUGGGUGGCCGUGAGGCCUCACGCCUUCCACGAACGGGAGAAGCACAAGUUCGUCUUCAUUGUGGCCUGGAAUGAGAUCGAGGGCAAGUUCGCCAUCACCUGCCACAACCGGACGGCGCAGAGGCAGCGCAGCGGCUCCAGGGAGAUCCGCCGCGGGGGGAGUCCCGGCCUCGAGCACCAGCGAGCCGCCGCCGCCUGCUCUUCUUCCUCUAAGGUGCCCGGGAGCCCCACCGUACGCAGGAGCAGCCCGGCCUGGAGCACCGCCGAGCCUGGCCAAGCCAGGAGCUCGCCGGUUUCUCCCGCCCGGGCCGAGCCGUUGCCUAGGAGCCCCGGCAGCCGAGUUGCGGAGGCGCCGCCGCCGCAGAGGAGCCCGGCCCGGGCGAGGAGCAGCCCUGCCCGGAGGCCUCAGCCUGCUGCGAAGGCGCCGCUCAGCCCCGCGGCCUGUGCGGCCGAGGACAUCGAGGUGCUGGAGCUGGGGAAAGACGAGCCUGCGGGAGGCGCAGCUUUCCUGCUGCCGUCCCCGCUCGCCGGGCCUGCAGCCGCCCCGCAACCGCCUUCCGCGGCCGCCUCGGAGACAGAGUCGCCGUCGGGCGAGGAGUGCAGCUGGGCCGGCCUCUUCGCUUUCCAGGACCUGCGGGCGGUGCACCAGCAGCUGUGCUCGGUGAGCUCCGAGCUAGAGCCCUGCUUGCCGGUCCUUCCCGAGGAGCCGUCGGGCAUGUGGACGGUACUCUUCGGAGCUCCGGAGAUGUCGGAGGAGGAGAUGGACGCUUUGUGCUGCCGGCUGCAGGUCUACCUGGGCCACUGCCUGGACACCUGCGGGUGGAAGAUCCUCUCCCAGGUGCUCUUCACCGAAACGGACGACCCGGAGGAGUAUUACGAGAGCCUGAGCGAGCUGCGGCAAAAGGGUUACGAGGAAGUGCUGCAGCGGGCCCGCAAGCGCAUCCAGGAGCUCCUAGAGAAGCACAAGAAUACAGAAAGCAUGGUAGAGCUGCUUGAACUAUAUCAGAUGGAAGAUGAAGCAUAUAGCAUUCUUGCUGAAGCAACUACAGAACUUUAUCAGUACUUACUGCAGCCAUUCCGAGAUAUGAGGGAGCUGGCAAUGCUCAGAAGACAGCAGAUAAAGAUAUCCAUAGAGAAUGAUUACCUAGGACCUAGAAGAAUUGAGAGUCUACAAAAAGAAGAUGCAGACUGGCAGCGGAAGGCCCAUAUGGCUGUGCUUUCUAUUCAAGACCUCACUGUUAAAUAUUUUGAAAUAACAGCAAAAGCACAGAAAGCUGUAUAUGAUCGAAUGCGAGCAGACCAGAAAAAGUUUGGUAAGGCAGCUUGGGCAGCAGCAGUGGAACGAAUGGAAAAGCUUCAGUAUGCAGUGUCUAAGGAGACUUUGCAGCUUAUGAGAGCGAAAGAAAUCUGUUUGGAACAGAAGAAACAUGCGUUAAAAGAAGAGAUGCAGAGUUUACAAGGUGGCACAGAAGCCAUAGCCCAUUUGGAUCAACUUGAAUCUGAUUAUUAUGACCUGCAACUUCAGUUGUAUGAAGUGCAGUUUGAAAUUUUGAAGUGUGAGGAACUGCUGCUGACAGCACAACUUGAAAGCAUCAAAAGACUUAUUUCAGAGAAAAGAGAUGAAGUAGUGUAUUAUGAUACCUAUGAAAGUAUGGAAGCCAUGCUCGAAAAGGAAGAUAUGGCAGCAUCUAUACACUUGCAAAGAGAAGAGCUACAGAAAUUGCAACAGAAAGUCCGCCAGCUAGAAGCAAGGCGUGGGCGCAUUUCAGCCAAGAAAGCCUACCUCAGAAAUAAAAAGGAGAUCUGCAUUGCAAAACAUCAUGAAAAAUUCUUGCAGCACUUUCAGAGUGAAGAGGAGUCACAGCAUACUGCACAGUUUAAGAGGGAGCAGCUGCAAGCUGAAGAAGAAAGAAAAAGCUCAUGGGUUACUCAGGAACGACAGAUAACACUGGACAGACUUCGAACAUUUAAACAGCGCUAUCCUGGACAGGUAAUACUCAAAUCAACCAGACUUCGACUGGCCCAUGCAAGAAGAAAAAGUACGGCCAGUUCAACUUCAUGUGCUGAUCACCGUCUGUCGCUACCUGUAACUACACAGACUGAUGUGGUGGGGCAAGAAAAAAGAAUACAACCUUUACAAAUCCAGGAGUCUAGAAAUUUAGGACCACUUGAAGAUACUUCACCUCCCUGUGACGUUAUCUCUGAAUUUUCUCAAAUUCCUUCUCCUCCUGCUCUUAUCAGUAAUGAACUUCAGCCCAAUAUAGUUAAUGAGGCACCAAUGCCUCCUCCUCUUCCACCACCGCCACCACCACCUCUGCCCACCAAGGAAGAGUCUACUCAGUGCUCUGAGAAGAGCAGUAGCCCUGUGAAACAACACAGCAUUGAGAAGCCAGCACUGCUGACCACCAUAGCACCAUCAGCUCAUUUCUUUGAUAGCAGCCAGUUGGUCAGUGCCAAGAAGAAACUAAAGAAAAUGGGCGAUAUGGAAGGCUUACAGAGGAGAAGAGUGAGUUCCCCAAUGGAUGAGGUGUUGGCUUCCUUGAAACGUGGUAGCUUCCACCUGAGGAAAGUUGAGCAGAGAAAUCUCCCGCCUUUCCCUGAUGAAGAUGACAGCAAUAACAUCCUGGCACAGAUAAGAAAAGGUGUGAAACUGAAGAAAGUGCAAAAGGACCUUAUGAGAGAAUCAUUCACAAUUCUACCUGAUGAUGACCCUUUGACACGCAGCAUCCAUGAAGCACUACGGCGAAUUAAGGAAGCAUCACCAGAAUCUGAAGAUGAAGAGGAGAACCUGCCUUGCACAGACUGGGAAAAUUAAGGAGUAAUGUUUCUUCUUUUGGUGGUGAGGAUUCCACAGAAUAAUGAUUUUCCUUUCACUUCUGAACAUCCAUAGUCAACAGUUUGAUUACCACCUUCUGUCUGGGAAAGGCGUCAUCUGACAAACAAUUUGAUAUGUGCAGAAAAGCUUAAAAUGCAUUUUUAAAAAUUAUGGUACAAGAUUCUGAUGGGAUCAAAAACUACCUUAUUAGAUGUGUAUUUUGCAGAACACUGAGAACGAACCAUUCAAUAUAUUUCUGGUUCUUCACUCACUUUUUACAGUCAUGUGAAACACUAAAUCAGCACCUAUUUCAACAGAGCUCCUUCCCAACAUAAUUUACCAGGACAGGUAUGCAAUCUGACCUUUGGUUCACUGAAGACUUCACUGUUUAAUCAACAAAUUGCUACUUUCACAUCAGCUUCUAUUACAGCAACAGGAAUUCUCCUAAAGAUCUUUAUUUCUCACUAUAUUUGUCAUGUAGGAAGUGGAUUUCAGAGAUAAAAUGCAUUUUAACUAUUCAUUGUACAAAAUACAAGUUAGUUUGAAAAUGGGAACAAAUGGUUCUACAGAAUAACAGGAAGCCCCCUAAGAGUGGAAUACUGUACAUACACUUAAGAAUGUAUUGUUUACAGCCUAGUACAUUUAAAAUGGCAUAUAGCGAAACCCUUUAGAAGGCCAUGUAUACUGUGUACAUCUUGUAUUUUUAAAUUAGAAUUUCCCAUGCUCGUAUAAAUAGAAACAUUUUAAUUGCAGGACUGAGUGAUAGAUAAUAAAGUUACAUAAAAUUUUAUUUAUAGAAGCAAUAUUUUGUAAUGAGAAUACUUAAAAUUAUUUUUGUCUAUUAGUUUGACUGUUCUUCGAUUACUCUAAGGAACCUUUAUUUAAAGAAAAUUCAAAACUGAAAUCCAAUUUUACUGUUAAGUUGUGGAAGUUAUAAUUUUUUCCAGUUUUCAUUAUUCCUAUCAUUGUUAAAAUAUUUGAAUUAUGUAACAGCCUGCUUAUUUGAAAAACACUUCAUUUUUAACCCUGGUUGUAUAAUGGUCUAAAGGAGGCGCAGCCUUUGGUACAGUGAAUAUCUAAAGCAACGUAAUCCCAAACAGUAUGACUAAUAGCUGCAGGCAGCUCAUUUUUUAAUAACAGAGUACUGUACGGAAUAGUAUUUCUGCACCAGGGCUAAUCUUAUCCUUAUUAAAAUGCUCUCUAAUGAAAA